GAGCAGAAUUUUGGGGUGCUGGAGUGGAUCUCAGCAGCAACAUGAAUCUUUUCUGUUUUUCUCUGGAGGGUUCAAUGGACAGCUUGUAUGAGCCUGUCCCCGAACGUCAAGAACCCAACGAUACAACCAGUACUUCCAGCCAGCCCAGCACUCCAGUGAGCACACGUGCAAACUGUGGACUGCCUGAUAGGUCUAUGUCUUUGGAAUUUCCUGAUUUUGAGAACACAGUGACCAAAAAGAGAAAAUCCAUCCAGAAGUCUCUGUCUGAAAAUGAAGCGUUUGAAGAUAAUAUUGUUGGUGACGGGAUACAUUUGCUGCGAGGAAAGAAGAUAGAAGAAACAACAUGCCAGGUGAUAAAUUAUGAGCAAUGGAUUCCACCACGAGUUUACAAUCCAAGAGUGGCAAGUAAUGGUGAAAUGGGUGCAGAACCAAAUGAUAAAGCAGAGUCCAUGGGAACAUUAAAACGAUUGCAGAAAUUGGUCCGAACCAAAAAACCCAAUGCACAAAGCUUGGAGGAUGUCAAACAUGUUUUGAUCCCCCUUAAUACAUUAGAAGAUACUUAUCUUUCAGAAGAGGAUGAAGAGGCACUAACUUCCUGCAUGAAACUGGCAAAACCUCAGGAAAAGAAAGCCUGGAAAGACAAUGUGAGGAGAAAAGAAGAGACUGAGACUAGGGCAGAGUUUAUUUCUGCAUCUUUGGGCCGAUCGUAUACUUCCAAAUUUAGUAACUUAGGAAUGAUUUCAAUCCAUUCAGAAACUGAAUUUCAUUUGUGGAGUGACUGGAAGCCAUUUCCUGAUAACCAGCUCUGUCCUUGUGAUUUCUUGAUUUCAAAAAUAGAAGAAUGGGAAAAAUGUACUUGCGCUUCUCAUCAGCCACAUCUUACAAAUUCCCUAACUGAUAUGGAUCUGCAGUACUCUUGGGUAAGUGGAAGUGGUUCUUUUUGUACUGAAAUGGGUAAAAAGUAG